AUGUAUUGUUAUCAUCCCCUCUCCCUCACAGCUCGUCUGACUGUGAGUCCCAGCAGCUCUCAGUUCUUUAAAGAUGAUUCUGUUUCUCUGAGCUGUGAGGAGGACGACAGCUCUGCUGGAUGGACUCUGAGGAGAAACACAAGCAAAGAAACCAAGACCCAGUGUGGAGCUGAGUGGGGAAAAUCAGCUGGUUCUUCCUGUAGCUUCAGCUACAUCUUAACACAGGACAGUGGAGUUUACUGGUGUGAGUCCAGAGAGGGUCCCAUCAGUACCAUGGUUAACCUGACAGUCACUGGUGGAUCAGUGAUCCUGCAGAGUCCUGUCCUCCCUGUGAUGGAGGGAGAUGACGUCACUCUGCUCUGUAAAACAGAGACCACUCCCUCCAACCUCCCAGCUGCUUUCUAUAAAGAUGGCUCCCUCAUCAGCAAUGGGUCUUCAGUUAACAUGACCAUCCAGCAUGUUUCCAGGUCUGAUGAAGGCCUCUACAAGUGUGACAUCAGCGGUCAUGGAGAGUCUCCAUCCAGCUGGAUCACUGUCACAGGUGGAUCUGCAACCAAAAAACCACCCACUUCUGCAGGUUUGCCCUCUGUAACACCCCUCCAGCAUUUUGACUUCAUACUGAUGCGCUACCUGGUGGUUUUUAUUCCAUACUUCAUCUCCACUCUCCUCAUGGUGUCUUUAUUUCGAUACAAAAUCACAGGACAUGACCCGUAUGUCUCUGUGGUAAAGACCCCAUCCACACAGGCUGGAGAUGGUUUGGCCAAUGACUACGAUGAUGCCACUACAGUGCAUCAUUUCUGA